AAUCGACCUAACUUAUCCGCGUUAGAGACAUUGGCUUGCCAAGUAUAAUACAUUUUCGUCUGCAAAACGUUUUGUUUAAAAAUCGUUCAUGGCUUGACAAUGAACGCCGGUUCAUCUUAAAGAGCGCAAUUUGUUGAACAAUGAGGAGUGUUACAAUAGAAUAUCGUUUUACGUACGCGUGUGCUAUUGAUGUGCAUUUAAAUUGAAUUUAAAAUCCAGCACAGAGAUGUACAUGAUAGCGAUAAUUGUUACAAACAUCUACAUGUUGUCCACGGUCGCAACGAUGACAUUUAUAUUGUUAUCUAUUGUUUUAAUUGAUCUUUUGAUCGUUAAUCCUCAAUUAAACAGUCUUGAUUUAAACGAGCAGACCAUUGGUGGGCUAAAUACCAUACACUACUGAUUUUAACGUUUGAUUCCGUUUAUGACAAACAGCGCUUAAUGGAUUCCAAUUUGUUAAACUGAAUUUAAUUUGAUUUUCCCCAUACAUCUGAUAGACGAUCAUUUAACUGCAUUUAUCGACUAUUAUGCAGAGAUAUACAAGCUCUUAGUGUUGAGCAUUCUUAGCGAUAUGAAAUAAAUUGAAAAAUUGAUAGCGUUUCAUUUUGAACUCUUUGAAGUGGGCAAUUGGUAAAGAAACGGGACUUAUAUACGCAAAGAAACACAUGCAGGAUUUUUACAAUCAACGCUCAAUGAAAUAUAAGAUAUAUUGAAAGAUGAUAGUGUGUUGUGGAAAUGGAUUUCGUGCUUUCCAAAGGUUCCAUUUAUAGCAAAUUGCCAUUAACACGCACUUUAACUAUUGGAUACAAUAAUUUGAAGAAGCGACUUAUUGUUUAAACAAUUCUAAAAGUUAACGUUUAACAUAUUGAAAGAUAAGUGUUAUAGCGGUUGAAUUUUACAUAAAAGAAUACAUUUUAAUCGAUUAAAACAAUGGCGGAACAAGAAAACAAGGUUGGAUUUGUUAAAACUAUACGGAUGCAAGGGAACUAUUUCCCGGAUGAUUCGGAGAUCACAACCACUCAACCAAGCAUUCCUAAACUGCCUGUCAGACCGAUGUCGCAUACAGUUCUUCCGGUCUCACCGCCGCCGAUCCCCAAGCGUCUCGUAAAGACAGCGCUCCAUCAGGCGGUCUUGGACGGGCGUCUGCACCAGGCGCGCCUCCUCGUGGAGAAACAUGGCGUCAGCGUCAACGUGAAAGACGUCUACGGCAGGACGCCACUCAUGCUGACGUCAAUGAUCGACGACGAGCCGGGCUCAAAGAUGGCGAAGAUUUUCGUUUUCGCCGGUGCUAAUCUGAGCAUUCGGGAUAAUAUGGGUCGAACGGCCCUGGCCAUGGCGUGCGUGUCGGGUAAAGAGAAAAUCGUCGAUGAAAUCCUUAGGACAGAUAUUCUGUACAUUAACGAUGGUGAUAACGACGGUAACACUCCGCUGCACCACGCCGCAGCCAGCGGCAAUCCGAAUAUCGUGAAAUUACUCAGCGAGCUGUUCGUUAAAUUUGGACUGGACAUUGACACACGGAACAAGCUGGGCUACACCGCACUAUUGGUAGCCUGCAGGAACGGACACUUCGUCUCUGCACACCAUCUCCUGAUCCACGGUCAGGCUUCACCAGCCCUGAGGGACGAGGAAACCUAUUUGAACGCUAACGAGUGGACACAGAAGAGCUCCCACCACGUGCCGGUUCCGGCCAGGCGCAUGGUGGCUCCCCCGAGCGCGCCGGCAUUUUCGCGGGAAAUGACUAUGUACCAAAGAUCGCUUACCCCAGUGUGUCGACACACGGUGCCCUUUAAUUUGCUCAACUCCUGGGCGAACCGAAGUGAUAGCUUCGAUGUUGUCCGAGGGGAGACGGUCUACGAAGGCAAAGACGCCAGACAGAUGGUCCUGAACGACAUCAGUAACGCGGAGACGCACGGUUGGGCUCGAAAGCACAAGCCCGAGAAAAUCGUGCACCCACCGACCGCCAAGUUGUUGGCGCUCUCUCGACGACGGACGAAAUCGGCGCUUCCGCCGGAUAUGAAUACAAUUUUCCGGAUGUAUUCGGAUCAGUACCAGCCCGACUGGCGGAAGGACAAGAUCACGCUGCACUCCCCGACCACUGACAAAAUGCCGACCAUUAUACGCUCGCGUCCGUCGGUGACUGUUGGUAGCUAGAGACG